GCAUCAUUGGCGUGUUCUGCAUAUGACCAUGCGGCAAGGUGCGUGAUUCACGGCACUGAAUCAAUCAUGGCAUGGCACAUUUGUGUUUCUUUGAUCUUUCAAUUGAGCGGAAUAGAUAUCGAUCUCUGCCGAUCCUGAUUUCCAUUCAUCAAGGAUCGAUUUCAACCCCAGUCCGAUUUUUCGAUCUGUUCUUAAUGCAUCUCGGGAAGUUUCCUUAUAUCUCGCUUGCGAGAUUGUUCAAUCAGUUGUUCUACACUGAAGGGAUUCCCAGUGGACGAGGAAACCAGAAACCGUCGUUAAAUCCAUUAGCUACAGCUGGCGUUCACAGACGCAACUUACAUGCCCAAUCAUCACAGCACAUCAACACCUGUCUCUUAUCUCUCUUAUCUCAUUGUUAUUCUUGGUUUCUUUAUUUCGAAGUAGGGAUAUUGAUGACGAUCGGACGGUGGUCGAGUUAUCUUCAAGUGAAAGUUUGACUAAAUUUUCUUCAAAGCUCGUAGAUUGCUGAUCGGCAGAUCCGAAACGAGUGACGACUAUUCUGUUCUCGCGAAAUGUUAGGACUACCCACGCGUCCUGGACAACUAUAGGGUCGCCACUAAUCUAGAUUGUUGCAGUAGAGAGCAGAGAACCAACCGCCAACCGUUAAUCUGUUCCAUACCUAAAGAGUUUAGGGAAGCACGAUUCUGGGUUUUGAUUUUGAUUGACGUUCUCGAUUUAUCAGAAUUUGAUAUACCGGCGGGGUUCCGUCGUUUUCCGUCAUGGGUGUGCCAAGUGAAGACGUGGUGUUGAUUCAGAAGGGGAAGAAGGAUGGUGAGCCCUAUGUGAUCACCGUGAAUUGCCCCGGAAGGACUGGAUUGGGCUGUGACCUCUGCAGAAUCAUUCUCGAAUUCGGCCUUCGCAUUACCAAGGGUGAUGUCUCAACUGAUGGGAUUUGGUGCUACAUCGUCUUAUGGGUGGUUCCUCAUUCUGCCUCGCUUACAGUGAGAUGGCCAAGUUUGAAGAAUCGGCUUCUAUCUGUAUGCCCUUCAUGCGCAGUUUCGUUUUACUUCAAUCAACCAUCAAGUUGCUCUAAAGCUUCUCCAGUUUACCUUUUGAAAUACUGUUGUCUGGACCGGAAAGGUUUGCUACACGAUGUCACUCAGGUCCUCUGCGAGCUUGAGCUUACAAUUCAGAGAGUGAAAGUGAUGACAACCCCUGAUGGCAGGGUUGUGGACCUCUUCUUUAUAACAGAUAGCAUGGACCUUCUACAUACAAAACAGAGGUGGGAUGACACAUGUAAGCAGCUACAUUCUGUUUUGGGAGAAUCAUGUAUCAUUUGUGACCUUCAGUUGGCAAGGCCUGAAUAUCAAACUCAACUGGGAGUAUCUUCUCUUCCACCAGAGGUUGCGGAGGAAAUAUUUAAUUGUGAAUUAUCAGACAAAGAAACCCGUUCUCAAGCUCUUAGUCCAGAUUUGACAAAACUGAAGAAGGCUAGUGUUAUGAUAGACAAUUCGUUGAGCCCUGCUCAUACAUUGCUUCAAAUACAUUGUGUUGAUCAAAAGGGCCUUCUCUAUGACAUUAUGAGGCCUUUGAAGGACUGCAAUAUUCAGAUUGCAUAUGGACGAUUCUCGUCAAAUAACAAAGAUUUCCGGGAAGUGGACCUAUUUAUCCAGCAAACCGAUGGAAAAAAGAUCGUGGAUGUGGACAAGCAGAAUGCUUUGUGUUCCCGUCUGAAGGUGGAGAUGCUUCACCCAUUGCGGGUGAUUAUUGCCAACCGUGGGCCAGAUACUGAACUCUUGGUUGCUAACCCAGUAGAAUUAUCUGGAAAGGGAAGACCUCGUGUUUUCUAUGAUGUUACCCUUGCUCUGAAAGUGCUGGGGAUCUGCAUUUUCUCGGCUGAGAUUGGAAGGCAUUCUACACCAGAUCGCGAAUGGGAAGUCUACAGAUUCCUUCUGGAUGAAAGCUGUGACUUUCAACUGUCAGACAGUCGAGCUAGAAAUCAUAUUGUAGACAGAGUGAGAAGAACUUUGAUGGGAUGGUGAAUUGCAUUAACUUGGUAGUUUGGUUGUGACCCUCUCUGGGUUCUCUUGACAGAAGGAAAUGCCAGAUGGUUGAAGGAGUUCAACUGGUCCAAUAUAUCUUCUACUAGUGCAACUGUAAGCCAAUACGAGGACCAGAUUUUGGAGCUGCAAGAGGUGGUAAGAGGAUAGCAGCAUCCUUAGUGGCCACAGCUUCUGUUGCUUGUUGGGCUUUGUUUCAGAUGAACUGAGUAUGGGACUUUCACACCGUAACAAGCUUUGGAUGCCAGCGAAGCUCCUCACUUGGUAAAUGUAAUUCAUAAAACCAGCGUUAAGUAGGUACAUGUUCAACAUUUCUUCUUAUCUAUAAAACAAGAAUCUGAGAUAUAAGACCAGUAGAUGGUCUGGAGCUUCUAUAACUUGUCACAUGUUAGAAACAAAUGGGGGUCAGCUUAAUUGUCAUACAAAUUUAAAACAGAUAUAGAACAUGCUUACUUGACUUUAGAUAUUCAAUUUUAAUGCAAUUUUGUUGGUGAUAUGCAUUUA